GGGCCAUCAAAUCACAUGUACACAUGGAUCCCGCCCCUUGGACGACGCCGUCGCCACCCGGAGCACUGCCCCCCUAGUUACAGGCGCUCACAAACAUGGCGCGCACCUACGGCCUUGGCUGUCCUGAAGGCGGUGGCUCAAAUAUCAUACUCACUCGUCCCCGGCCUACUGACAACCCCGAUCCCGACAGUGAAGCCCAGACACAGAAGGUGCGCGGCCGUGCUGGCGGCUUUGCGCAGGAUGCGGUACAGCCAGAACUCGGCGCUCGGCUCCGCCAUUGCGGCCAAAGAUCAUAGAAUGUUGAUUGCGGCCGCCAGCGCGGGCCUCCUUGCGUCCUUGCGUCACCGCGCAUGGACGUCGCUCUGCUCUAAGAUCUUUGGACGUCGCGGCCUCGGGCCCGGGAGGAGGAGCCCGGCCUCACGCAGGGCGAUGGGUAGCAGGAUUGAAUGCGUCUUUUUCAGCGAGUUUCACCCGACCCUCGGUCCGAAAAUCACCUUCCAGGUGCCUGAAGAGUAUAUCUCAAGAGAAUUGUUUGAUACAGUCCAAGUGUACAUCAUUACAAAGCCAGAGUUACAGAACAAACUUAUUACUGUUACUGCUAUGGACAAGAAGCUGAUUGGCUGCCCCGUAUGCAUUGAACAUAAGAAAUAUGUGAGGAAUGCACUGCUUUUCAAUUUGGGCUUUGUUUGUGAUGCAAAAGCUAAGACCUGCUCCUUGGAGCCAAUCGUUAAAAAGUUGGCAGGUUAUCUCACUACACUGGAGCUUGAAAGUGGUUUCAUCUCCAAUGAUGACAGCAAGCAGAAACUGAUCCCACUGAUGACUAUUAUUCUGGAGGAUUUGAAUGCUCGUGGAAAGUGUUCUCUGCCAAUAGAUGAAUCAAAUACCAUUCACCUAAAAGUGAUUGCUCAGCGGAGGGACCAGCCUAUAGUACAGGAGUAUGAUGUGCCAGUAUUCACUGAGUGUAAGGAAGAUUUUAUCAAAAUCCACUGGGACCUCACUACUCAGCAGAUUCUGCCAUACAUCGAUGGAUUCCGUCACAUCCAGAAAAUCUCUGCAGAAGCUGAUGUAGAAUUGAACCUGGUGCGGAUCGCAGUACAGAAUUUAUUGUACUAUGGAGUUGUGACUUUAGUACCAAUAUUCCAGUAUUCUAAUGUGUACUGCCCUACUCCUGGAGUGCAAGAUCUGGUGGACGACAAGUCUUUGCAGGAGGAAUGCCUGGCAUAUGUCACCAAGCCAGGACACAAGCGAGCCAAUUUGCGAGAUGUUUUCCAGUUAUAUUGUGGACUCAGCCCUGGCACCACAGCUCGAGAUCUCUGCUCCCGCUAUGCUCAGCAACUUCAACAUGCGGAUGAGAGGAAACUGAUUCAAUUUGGACUGAUGAAGGGCUUGAUUCGUCGACUGCACAAGUACCCGGUAAAGGUCAACUGUGAAGAGAGGUACCAAUCGCCACGUCUCUACACGGGCUCUCACAGCUAUGAUGAGAUCUGCUGCAAAACAGGAAUUAGUUACAAGGAAUUGGACGAGAGAUUGGAGAAUGAUUCAAAUAUCAUUGUGUGCUGGAAGUGAGAGUGCACCAGUCACUUGGUGUUGUACUCUGAAAUCAUAUAAAGAUGAUCAGGAGAGACUAAACCGAAGGAACACUGUAAAGUAACUGAUGAUGCUGAGCUGGUAAAGGUCAGCUUUGCUGGCCUGCAGAAUCAGUAAAAUCGACUGACCUCCCCGUGAACUUAUUAAUAGGUGAAGUGAGCAUUAUAAUAUUCCCUUGAAUAGUUUCUGGGUCAGAGAUGACUGGAGGGAUAAAGCCACGUUAAAUUGCAUAGAUAUAAUUGAUGCAUUGAACUAUUAAGUGCUGCAUGUGUGCAUCUUAUUCAUGAAGAUCAAGGAGUUACUCUGUUCUAUUUGGUCCAUAUCAUUCUCCAAUUAUUUACAAUUCAUUUUGUGGUAAAUAUGCAUCAACUGUUAUUCUAGCUCCGCUGGGACACUGGUGAGGGCAAUGCCUAUGAGUUUGGUAGAACAUCCAUUUAUAGAAGGUCUGGACCAUCCAUGGAUCCUUGCUGGUUAGGAGCAAAUCACUGGUGAUGACCCCAAUGUUAAAUUUUAAAUGUCUUGCCAUCACUGAAGAAGGACCACUUGAAUGUUUACUGCAGAUCUCCGGUCUAUAUUGAACCAGGCAAGUCAGUGCCUUUAGGAGAAUGUAAAUGUACAAACCUGUACUCAUUUUUCUUGUAAUUAUGUCAAAUAAAUGGAAUUAUAUACUGAC